UGUGUGUGUGUGUGUGUGUGUUGGAGGGGAGCUACUGUAUAUGUAUUAUUACCGGUGGCAAAGCGAGAGAAGCGUCCGUUUUCAUCCUAGUGAAACAUACUCCUGAUUUGAUCAUACGUAGACACACGAUAAAUAUACAUUGUCUCGUACAAAUAUAGAGAGGUUAGAUUGUCGGAUUCGUUGUUACGCACAAACGAGGAUAAGGAACGAGAAUAGCGUACUAUUUACGGACGAGGCAAACGAAGCGCAAACGUAGUCGUGAAUAGAAUUACGUCGUGUCCAGGUAAGACGAAAGAAUCGUAUCUCAAUGAGCUCUCAACAAAGCCCAGCCGCUCUACAAACUUCGGUCGACCGCGAGAAAGUCUAUACAUGGAUAAUCGAGCUGUCAAAUCCGGACACCCGGGAGAAUGCUCUGUUGGAAUUGAGUAAGAAGCGCGAAGUGGUGCCCGAUUUGGCGCCGAUGCUCUGGCAUUCGUUUGGCACCACGGCUUCUUUGCUGCAAGAGAUCAUCAACAUCUAUCCCGCAAUCAAUCCUGCAACUCUAACUGCUUAUCAGAGCAACAGAGUAUGCAAUGCCUUGGCGCUUUUGCAAUGUGUAGCCAGUCAUCCGGAAACGAGAUCUGCGUUCCUACAGGCUCAUGUUCCGUUAUUUCUGUAUCCAUUUUUGCAUACUGUAAGUAAAACACGGCCAUUCGAGUAUUUGAGAUUGACAAGUCUCGGAGUGAUUGGUGCACUUGUCAAAACAGAUGAGCAGGAGGUGAUUACUUUUCUGCUCACUACGGAAAUUAUCCCACUUUGUUUGCGAAUUAUGGAAAGUGGAUCUGAAUUAAGUAAGACUGUAGCAACAUUUAUACUGCAGAAAAUAUUGUUGGACGAUAGUGGCUUGUCAUAUAUUUGUCAAACAUAUGAUCGAUUCAGCCAUGUUGCUAUGAUCUUAGGAAAAAUGGUUUUAUCCCUAGCAAAAGAUCCUUCUGCAAGAUUACUUAAACAUGUUGUGAGAUGUUAUCUGAGAUUAUCUGAUAAUCCAAGAGCAUUAUUAGCCUUAAGGCAGUGCUUGCCAGAUCAAUUGAGAGAUAAUACAUUUGCGACAUGCUUGCAAGAGGAUGCAUCAACUAAGCAUUGGUUGAACCUACUUCUUAAAAACUUGGAAACUGGUCCACAACCAGGUCCGCCGACUCAGCCGGGACAAGAUCCGCGGACAAUUGGCAUGUCGCCACUUACUUCCUGAACUCUUUAAACUUAUGAUAAUUAUAAGGUAUAUUGCAUAUAAAAACAAACGUUGAACACAUCUUUCCAUGAAUUGUUCUAUAUUUUUUCAUGAUAAUGGCUAUGCCACCUACAUAUUAUUUCAUAAAUCGUGCUGUGAGAACUAGUAAUAAGUAUAUCAUCGAUUUGAAAUUCAUAUACAUUAUAAUUGUAAAUAUUGUAUAGAUGCUUAUGGCAAGAUCUAGAUCUAGUAAUUACAAUUACAGUAUAAUUUAAAUUUAAUAAGUAUUCAUUUGUUUUCUUGAAGUUUAAGACUGUCGGCUAAUAGUGUUGACAACAAGUUUAUACAAAUCAAAAGUGUUUUUGUACGAACAAGACAUAAGAUAUACAAAAUUUAAUGAGAUAUAUAUGUUCAUAUAUGAUAUGCAUACUCUAAUAUAUAAGAAUUGUAUGUAAGACCAACAAGUAUGAUUGUUGUAUUUACGUUUAACUGCCAGAUAUUCUGAUAAAUUUUACAUAAAUGCAUUUUAUAACAAAUUCAAACAUUAUCUAUUGCUUGAAAAAUAUUUGAUUGCACAAAAAAAUCAUUCUUGAAGAGAUAUGAUAUACAAGUAGUCAUGCAAAAAUUAACAUCUAGCGUUCAUUCACUUUGUAUAUUAUUAUGGGCCUAAUUAAAUUAAAUAGAUAAUAUGUAAUGCAUAUGAAAUCAUGUCGGCAAAUUUAUUUUACUAUCUAAGUUUGUGUGAAUAAUAUUUUAUACAAGUAAAACUUAAUAUCCAGAGGAUUACACGAUUAAUUUUAAUCAUUUUAAUCCAAAUUUUAGAUUUCAGAAACUUGUAAAUCGGAUCAUUGAGAUUUGUGACGAAUACGAUUAAAAUUAAUUGCGUAAUUUUCCGGAUAUUAAAUUGUUAAACUUUAGGUGGAUCACCCUAUAUAAAAUUAAUUUACGCGUGUGCGUUUAAUGAGAUAUAUUCGAGAAAAUCAAUUUUGUAUCAUUAUGAUUGAUAACAGGGUACACUAUGAAAAAAUUAAAUCAUUAACUAAUUACAUAA